CAAAGUUCGGUUGAGAGACUAGCACAUUUUCAUACAUAAUUGACACCAUUAUGGGCGACAAUGAUGCAAUCCAGAGGUCGAUUAUGACCAGGAUGUAGAGAAUGAUAAUCAGGGAUAUGUCCCAAGUGAGGAGAAAGAAGUGGGCGAUGGGUUUGGUGGCACGUUAUCAGCACCGAACUAUUCUGAAGAUGCACAACCACCUUCCGAAAUUCUAUCGGGUACAGGAAAUGACGGCAUCCAAGAAUGGGACAGUCCGAUAGAGUUCCUCUUGUCCUGUAUUUCUAUGAGCGUCGGGCUUGAAAACAUUUGGCGAUUCCCCUUUAUCGCACUGACGAAUGGAGGGGGAGCUUUUUUAAUCCCAUAUUUGAUCGUCCUCGUCAUUAUUGGAAGACCGAUCUAUUAUUUAGAAAUGUGUCUCGGGCAAUUCACUAGUUGCGGACUAGUAAGGGCUUGGUCGGUGUCCCCUUUGUUCAAAGGUAUCGGCUUUGCGGUCGUGCUGGCGUCAUUUUGCGUGGGCACAUACUAUUGCACCAUCAUGGCUGUGGCGAUUUAUUAUCUGGUGGCGUCAUUCUCUAAAACGUUGCCUUGGGACUACUGCGACAAAAAUUGGGGAGGCGAUCUGUGUACGGAUGAUGGAAAGGUUAACACGAACCUAACGAGUCAACGGACAACGAGUUUAUAUUUCCACAUGGAAGUCUUUCCUCAAUUGCCUAAUGUAGAAGACGGUCUUGGAAAGAUUCAUUGGAAGCUUGCUCUGAGCUUAUUACUGGCAUGGAUACCUAUAUUUUUAACGUUAUGGAAGGGAGUAAAAUCCUCUGGUAAAGUGGCUUAUUUCACGGCAUUGUUCCCUUAUGUGGUGCUGCUUAUUCUAUUAAUCCGUGGAGUAACUCUUGAAGGAGCAGGAACUGGAAUUGAAUUUUUCUUCAGACCACAGUGGAGCGCUUUGUAUGACCCAGAAGUAUGGUACGCGGCAGUUGGCCCAUGCUUCUUUUCCCUUGGAAUCGGAUUUGGACCAAUUUUGUCUCUCUCAUCGCACAAUAAGUUUAACCAUAAUGUUUACAGGGAUACCAUAAUUAUCAGUUUUAUGGACACUUUUACAAGUAUAUUGGCCGGCUGUACGGUCUUCGCGGUACUCGGUUACUUAUCCAAACAGACCGGGAUAGAUGUCGAUAUGAUAACUUCCGGUGGAAUGGAUUUAGCUUUUGUCGCUUAUCCAGAAGCCAUUGCGAAUUUUGGGUGGGCACCUCAGCUAUUUGCUGUAUUAUUCUUUUUGAUGUUACUCACCCUUGGGAUUGGAACCCUGACAGGCCUUACGGGAUCUGUUAUUGGGGUUCUAUGUGAGCAGUUCCGGUCUGUUCCUCAGUGGAUAAUAACUCUUUCCGUUUGUGCAGUUGGAUUUCUCUUUGGGUUAAUGUACUGCACAGAGGGUGGCCUUACAAUGAUCGAUCUGAUUGAUUAUUUCGGGUCUAAUUUUAUCAUUUAUGUAAUGGGUGGACUCGAGUGUGCAGCAAUUGCGUGGGUGUAUGGGCUGCAGAGGUUCUGUAAUGAUAUUGAGUUCAUGUUGGAAAGACCAGUAGGAUGGUAUUGGAAAAUUUGCUGGGGGUUCGUCACACCUGUUGGCCUCGCCAUUAUCUUCGUGUAUGCCAUGGUUACACAAGAACUUAAAUAUCCCACAGCCCAUCUUGUUGCAGGUUGGUCACUGGCUGCGGUAGCGCUAUCACUGGUACCAGCAUUCAUGUUGCACACUGUGUAUACAAGAUUGCCGGAUGGAUUUUUGGAACGAAUGAUAAGACCAAAGAAGGAAUGGGGACCGUUGGACAAUAAAAUACGACUAGAAUGGCUAGCAAAUGUUCCGGCAAAAACAAAAUUAUUCUAAAUAUUUGGGUUACAUUACACUGCAAUAUUUAUGAAAAUGUAAAUGAAUUUAGAAAUUUUGCAAAAUGUAUUAAUU